CAGCACUGGUAGUGUCCAAGAUCAAAAGAGGUAGCUGCUUUAAAAUGCUCUCAGUCUUUGCACUUAAAAAAAAGCAAAUGUUAUGAUAUUGAGAAAUAUAGUUUCUUCUUAAGGUUUUAUGUUGUUAUAUCUAAAUUCUUAUUCAGUCAUUUCGUUUUUUCGACACCAAAAAGUUCCUUGGAACCAUGUUCACUGUGAAAGCUGCCUUUGUUUGGGGCUGUUUAUUUCUUUGUUGUCCAGUGAAAGCUUGCGAUAGUUUUGAUGACCUUAUUGGAGCCAAAAGCCAAGGAGACAUCAAUAUUGGGGGAAUCUUUCCAAUCCAUGGGUACUUGGAGUAUGUCAACCCUCACAAAAAACCAGAUGCAGCAAAAUGCAAAGCAUUUGACACUCAGAGAUUUAUCUGGCUCCAAUCAAUGAUAUACACUAUUGAAUUGAUUAACAACUCUCCCCUACUACCGGGAAUUAAACUUGGAUAUGAGAUAUAUGACACCUGUACAGAUGCCACCAGAGCUGUGAAAAUUGCAAUGAAGUUUCUUUCCAAGACAAAUAGCUCAGAACAUUGUCUGGAGGUUCGAUGCGAUUACACAAAUUACUUGCCAAUUGUAAAAGCUGUUGUAGGAGAAGCCUAUUCUGAACUGUCGAUUCCCAUCGCAAGAAUAUUUAAUGUAGCACUUAUGCCUCAGAUAAGUUUUGCAUCAUCUGCUGCAACCCUUAGUGACAAGUUGCGAUUUUUAUCAUUUUUACGCACUAUUCCAAGUGACAUCCAUCAGACAAAAGCCUUGGCUGAAUUUAUUCGUGAGUCUCGUUGGAACUGGAUUGGGAUCAUUGCAACAGAUGAUGACUAUGGAAAAUCUGCAAUGGCUGAUUUCAUUUCACAUGCACAGGAGUUUGACAUUUGUAUUGCUUUUCAAGAACUGAUUUCAAUAUUUGUUGGCAACAAAGAGCAUGAUGAAGCAAUACAUGCCUUGGUUUCAAAGAUUGAAGCCAUUCCUAAUGCAAAUGUUAUUGUUCUCUUUGCUAAAUCACAAGUUGUCAUCAAAGUGUUGAAGGAAAUAGUUUGGCGCAAUGUUACUAAAACAUGGAUUGCCAGUGAUGCCUGGUCCAUAUCCAGAGCUGUAGCAUCAAUACCAAAUAUUGACAAAGUUGGAAACAUAUUUGGCUUGUCUUUCAAGAAUGGAGACAUUCCAGGCUUUCCAGAAUACUUAAGAAACCUAAAGGCAGGACCUGGGACUGUCAACAAGUUCAUUGAAGAAUACAUGCAACUUCAUUUUACAUGUUCAGAUGAGUCUCAUAAUGAUACAAUGACAAGCAAUUCAGGCUUAAAAAACUAUUCCCUUUCAAAUUCUUUGAAACCAGCAUCUCUUCAUGCUUGUACCAAAGUAAAUGAAUCCAUUGAAGAUAUUAAUGAUAAUUAUUUGGUUCAAAAUAUUGAGCAAGGUGGCACAUAUGCAACAUACCUAGCAGUUCAAUCAAUUGCUCAUGCUCUGAGGAACCUUCUCAAAUGUCAUGAAGGAACAUGCCAAAAAACAUUCAAUUUUGCACCAUGGCAGCUACUGGAAGCACUGAAAGAAGUGAAUUUCACUGAAGGGGGAAAGCCAUUUUACUUCGACAAAUCUGGAAAUUCUGUAAAUGGAUACGACAUAAUAAAGUGGAUUGUGAACAAUGGCACAGUACAGUUUAAAACAGUUGGAGAGUAUAAUGUUCUGGAUAGAAAAAUCUAUAUUUAUGACAAGACCAUCAAAAACAUUACAGAGGCUAUAUUUUCCAACUGCUCCGUGUCCUGCAAACCUGGACAGAGGAAGAUUUCGAAUUCCUCACAGACCUGUUGUUAUGAUUGUGUGCCUUGUGCAGAGGGAUACUACUCUGUAGAUUGGGAUAUGAACAACUGUUUGAAAUGCUCAAUCGACCAGUGGUCUGAUGCAGGAAGUUCAGUGUGCAUUAACAGAACCACGGAAUUCUUUAAAUGGAAUGAUGGGUUUGCCAUUGUCCUUACAGUUUUCGCUUGUUUGGGUGUUAUUUUAAUAAUUGUGAUUGCUGUAAUGGUUACGCGGAAAUUGAACACACCCCCCGUGAAGUCGAUUGGAGGCAAGUUCUGCUAUGUAAUACUCAUCGCAUUGCUCCUUAGUUUUGUCAGUACAGUUUUUUUUAUUGGUGAACCAACAAGUUAUGGCUGCUACAUUAGACAGCCACUGUUUGGCAUAAAUUUUACUAUUUGUGUUUCGUGGAUUUUGAUCAAAUCUUUCAAGAUCAUUCUGGCAUUUAAGUUUGAUCCCGUUGAUCGUCAAAAAAUGAUGAGGUUAUAUAAACCAAUUCCAAUUCUGCUGAUCUGUAAUGCAAUUCAAGUAAUUAUUUGUACACUGUGGUUGACACUUAAAGGACCCCGUUUUGUAACCAGUUAUGAAAUUCCUAAAAUUACUCUAUUGAAAUGUGAAGAAGGCUCCAAUGUAGCAUUUGGUGUAAUGUUAGGAUAUAUAGCUGUACUUGCAAUUUUUUGUUUCCUACUUGCAUUUAUGGGCAGAAAGGUGCCAGAUAUCUACAAGGAGGCCAAAUUAAUAACAUUCAGCAUGCUCAUCUACUUAAUUGUAUGGAUUUCCUUUGUUCCUGUGUAUAUCAACACUGAUGAUCAAUAUCUUCCAGCAGUUGAAGUGGUGGCAAUUUUAGCUUCAAACUAUGGCAUCUUAGGCUGCCAUUUCUUGCCAAAGUGCUACAUUGUUUAUUUUAGGAAAAAUACAAAUACACGCACUGGAAUCAUGCACCAUUUAAGUGUACAUCAUCAAAAUACAGCCAACCAUGCCCAAGGCUCAGCCUUGGGUGAAUCCUUGUGGACUAUAAAUUCAAAUGGACCUGCUGCACAAUAAGAUGUGGAAACAGAAGCAGGCUCUUCAGCCCAUUCAGUCUGCACCACCCUUCAAUGAGACUACGUCUGAUCUGAUAAUCCUCAGGCAUCUUCCUGCCUUUUUAAAACAUCUGUAAAACAACAGUGACCAAUGCCAGCAGAAUUCAAACCUACCCAGGGAGAACCCAUCGUCUGCCAAUCCAUCACCUUAAGCACUAAGCCAUGACUACACUUCACAAGGACCCACUUCUCUUGUGAAUACAUCAGAGUGUGAACAAAAACCAACUUGCAUGCAACCAUAUGUGGGAAAUCAGGGGAGAAGCUGAUAAGGUUAAGGGUUCAUUUUUUUAAGAUCUUGAGUAAAAUUACACUUGAACAAGGAACCUUUAGAUACAUGAAUAUGAAUAAACUUUGCUACUUUCUGAUGCCUGUAAAAAUUAAACACCGAAAUUGAGAUUCACAGUGCAAACUGGCUGAUAUAUUGAUGAGGAACAUGUAGCAGAAUUCCCUAGUGAGUGACCAUGGAGCGAUCCUGGAGAGGCAGCAAUUCUCAAACAAAACGGUGACGGAAGGCACCAAGAUGGAAGGUGAACAAUCUUUCCACAACCAGGGAAUAUUUCCAGAAGCAAAAAAGCGACACCUCAAAAGCUGGUCAACUGGAGACAGGUGGAAAAAUGGUUAUUAAUUGAUGGACAUCUGUUGGGUCCCACCAAUCAUGUUGGGAGAUGGCUAGAAACAUUGAACUGGCCUCCCCAUGGCUUCCUGCCCAAAAGGGUCAGGACAAUAAUUUUCAGGUUUUUCUGGUUUUUCCUUCUAGGCAGGUGAAACAGGAUGCGGCAAGAAAUUUCCUUCCUGGCCAUCCCAUGGCCCAAAAAGGCAAUCAGCAACUGUGGUUGUCCCUGCUGUAUGUUACAUCAAUAUGGAGGUGCCCAAUUUUACCAGCGGCACUGCUCAGCUUGCAAAGCUCCUUAUCAUCUGAUUGGGCCAGCAACCUGAACAGUUGAGCUGCCUUUGCCAGUUGGAUGACAGUUUCAGUGACGGUCUCUCAAUUUGUAGAAUAGCCUCCAGGGUCCUAAUAUAUGCUUGCCUGGGCUAGGGACAUACAUUUGGUCCUGAUGUCAGGACCCACAACAUGCUGGUUAAAUUCACAGGCCAGGAGCCCUGAAUUGGGCCAAAUUAUAAACCUACAGUGAUUAGAAUUUCUUUGGUUAUGAACUCCAUCCAGAGAAGGAUACAAGUACCUCAUACUUGAGAACUACAUGAAGUAAGAAUCCUUAAGUGUUCUGCAGGGACUCAAUUUUAAAUACACAAGUCAUUUUCUGAACAUAUUUUCAAUUGGAAGAUGCAAAAGAAAUGUUUCAAUGUUUACAUGAUAUACAAUGGUUAGAAAUAGAAGGUGCAAUGCAGUGAUCGAGCUCAAAACAACCCAACUGACGCUGCUUGGCUCUUACAUCGUUAGAGGUUUUAGGUCUUCUGUUUCGAAAAAAUUCUGUGAUUAACAGGACACAACUUUGCACAACACUGCACUUAAAGUUUAAAUAAAAUGGUUGCUCUGUUGGAAUUAGUGAAUCCCUGUUCUUUAAACAAGAAUUGCAAACUGAUUAGGAAAGUGUGGCUGGGCAGGACAUCUGACAGACCUCCUGAACAUCGUUCCAACCAUCAAAGCAGGUCAAUUAGACAAUAACAGUAGAAAAGAUAACAUCUACGCAUUACUAUUUGUGACGAUGGUCUCAAUACAUCACACGGAGAUUGCAAGAGUUCCUAUAAUUGAAGUUCAACUGAAAAAUCUCAAUAGAUUCCAAUGUAAUGUAACCUUAUUAAAUCACUAUGUGACUGAAAAUGUAAAUUUUUACUUGGCUCUGAGAUGAAGAGUUUCAUCUGGGAUAAUUAAUAUAAAUUAUAUUCUCAUAUUAAGAGAUUAAUAUGUAAUUGUAUUUAUCAAGUGUAUAUUAUGGUAAUAUGAUCUUAGCAUUUUUUUUGGGUUUCCUUUUGCUCUAUCUUGUCCUUGUCGUCCACAAUCAGUUGAAUCAAAACAAACAUUGUAUCUAAAAGGUUCAAUUUUUUUGUAAUCUAAAAUGGUCACCUCAAGAUGAUAAUGUCCAAUAGGUGCAUGCCUUUCAUCCUACCUUUACGUCUGUCCUCAUGAGGAUGUACCUGAAUUUCACAUGACAUUUCUAGAAAUAAAAAAGAGCUAUGAGUAUUGUGAAGUCUUCAGGUGAAGAUUGGUGUCUCGUCAAAGGUGUUAAAUUAGAGACACCGUCUGAAUUUCUGUCUAAUGUUCGUAAGUUAGUUGUCUUACUUUUAUCUUCUUGUGGAAUGUGUCAGAAAAUAAAAUGAUGUACAAGUUCAAAAAGGGAAGAGAGGACCUCAAGAGUGAAUGGAUGAUUAUAACGUGGCUGAUUCAAGACCUAAAUCAUAUAUGUUAGGACUUUCUUGGAGUGACAUUAAAUCACUCACAUUUUCAGAAUGCUUGCUUCUGAAAUUUGUUAUUGUUAAGCAUUGUUGAGUUUGGUAUGUUCAAAUUGUAUUCUUGUAUUUUCACAUAUUAUUUAAACCUAAUAAAAAAAACU